GAUAGGAAAAGCGACAAAAUGGGGGACUACCGGCAGCAGUUGGGCUACCUGAUCAAGUGGCUGGGCACCUUUGACCUUCAAGCGCCGCACAGCUCCGCGGAGGAGAUAAGCGACGGGGUCGCCUUGGCGGAGGCCCUGGCCAAGAUCGCGCCGGAAUGGUUCACCGCGGUGUGGAAGGCGAAGAUCAAGACCGACGUGGGCACCAACUGGCGCCUGAGGGUCAGCAACAUGAAGAAGAUCGUGGAGGCGGUGAUGGAGUACUACGUGGAGUGCCUGAACCAACAGUUGUCCGGCUACGCCAAGCCGGACGCGGGCAAGAUCGGCGAGCACUGCGACAACGACGAGCUGCGCCGGCUGCUGCAGCUGAUCCUCGGCUGCGCGGUCAACUGCGACCAGAAGCAGCAGUACAUCACCAGGAUAAUGGGUAUGGAGGAGACGGUGCAGCAGGCGAUAAUGCAGAGCAUCCAGGAGCUGAACUUCGAGUCCCUGGUAGACGUGGCGGACGGCGCUCAGCAGCGGCUCUACGCCGAGCUACAGGCGACGGCGGACAUGAAGGACCAGCUGGCGCAAAGGUGUCACGAGCUCGAUCAGCAGCUCUCUCUGUUGCAGGAGGAGAAGGCCGCGUUGAUCACGGAGAACAAGAAACUCCAGGAGCGGCUGGACGAGUUUGAGAAUCCGGAGGAGUCCGGCUCUAUCCUCAAGUAUUCCGGGCUGCGGAAGCAGGUGGAAGAGUUGAAGGAUGAGCUGUUCAAGAUGGAGACGUCCAGGGAUGAUUAUAGAUUAAAGGUAGAAGUGUUGGAGAAGGAGGUGUUGGAGCUGCAGUCGAGGCAGGAGGAUCUGCAAAAGGCGGCCGACGAGGCGAACCACCUGAAGGACGAGGUGGACGCCUUGAGGGAAAAUACGGACAAGGUAGCAAAGUACGAAAUCACGAUAGAGUCGUACAAGAAGAAGAUGGAGGACAUGAGUGACCUUAAGAGGCAAUUGAAGAUCCUGGAAGAUAAGAACGUCGAGUAUCUGCAAGCUAAAUUGGACUACGAGGAAGAAGCAAAGCGCACGACGAUGCUGCGCGGUCAUCUGGAGGUAUGUAAGCAACAGCUCGCGGAGGUCCAUCACAGGCUAGACGAACAGAGCAACAAGAACGAUCGGCUUGAGUUCGAGGGCAAGAAAAUGGAAGCGAAGUUGGGCGCCCUGCAGAGGGAGAGGGAUCGGCUGACCAUCGAGAGAGACGCCCUGAAAGAGACGAACGAGGAGCUGAAGUGCACGCAACUGCAAGCCGCCGAGAACAUGGCGAAACCCAGUGCCGACAGUACCGGAGUCUCCGCGACGGAAAUGAUCCCGCUUGAGGUCAAAGAGAAGCUACUCUGUCUGCAGCUGGAGAACAAGAUGAUGAAGAUGAAGCUGACCGGCAACGAUGACAAGCUGCCGAGUGUGCAGGCGUUACUCGAGGACUCCGAGGAGCGUCUCAACACGCUGCGGGGGCAAAAUCGCAAGGCGAAUCAAAGGAUAAUGGAGUUGGAAACCAAAUUAGAGGAAGCCAUGGGCACUCAGGUUGGCGGCGACAGCAAGAGCGACAACGUGGGCUUGAAUCAGAAGAUGUCGCAGCUGCAGGACGAACUGCGAAAAGCGCAAACCGACAAGGAACGAUUGACCCUGCAGCUCGAAGAGCGCGAGAGCGUUCUGCAGGCUCAGAAGCAGAAGGCCUUCGCUCUUCAGGAGAAGCUCACGCGGAAGGAAUACGAGAACGCCGCGCUCGAGGAACGUUACAAGAAGUACAUUGAGAAGGCCAAGAGUGUAAUAAAGAGUCUCGACCCGAAGCAGAGCAACUCUUCGCCGAGCGAGGUCGCCGUGCUGCGCAACCAACUGGUGGAGCAGCGCAAGAUGAUCGAGGACAUGGAGCGGUCUAUGAAGGAGUCCAGGUUGCUGCGAGAGAUGGAGGAGAAGCUGAUGGUGACGGCCUUUCAUAGACUAGGUCUGAACUGUCAUAAAGAAGUGAUGGAUCAGCGCCUUGCGGCGCUUAGUUCGGGACAGGGUCAAUCUUUUCUGGCCAGACAGAGGCAACCCUCGACGAGACGUUAUCCGCCUUAUAACUCGAAAUAAGGACACGCGCAAAAGCAAGUUGAUUUGACGUAAUUAAGUAUUAUUGCAAGAUGAAGUGGUAAAUUAUCGUUUGAGAUAAUGUUGUUAACAGCGCGAUAAAUGUGACGCUGCACACCCCAUUAUGAACUUAACAAUCAUAGAUUUAUUCAACGACGAUGACUGCCGAGUCAAUAUUCAGUGUCAUUAACUUGUAACAUAAUAUUAAGACGUCACAUUUAUCUCCCUGUUACGAUUAUCUCGCUUUGAUUGUAUUUCUUUCGAUAUAGAUACAAUUGAACAAAACUGAAAUAUCUCCACUUUCUAAUAAGUAAAAAAAUUGAUUUUUUACGAAAUUGAUUUCUUAUCGAAUCAAUACAUAAAAACUGUGCUUAAAAACUGAACUGUUAACAAACAUAUAAGAGUCCCUUUAACCAUUUUUUUAUGUCUAACUAGCCAAUUUUUUGUCUUCCUGUGAAAUCAUCAAACGCAAAUAUAAUUCCAACAUUCAGUUCUAUGAUCCACAUUUUUAUCCAAAUGACGAUUUUCUAGCUAUUAGAGAUGUGCCAAUACAUAUGUUCCUAUAUCUUUAAUGAGUAUAUAAAAAAAAAAUAAUCGCACGAUAUCUCCAACAGUUAGAAAAGCAGACUAAAUGUAUAUUUCUUGUAUGUACAUUUAAAAAAAUUGUAUCUAUAUCGUAAAUGUUUACUAUAUUUACUUUAUCUUAAUCAGGCUCAAUAUAAGAGAUACAUAUUGAAUAAAUUGUAAAUAAGAUUAUAUAUAGAUAUUGGGAUACUUUUGCUUCGCGAUAGGCUAAAUAUUGUGCAAGGUGUUGAGUAUUCUGUAAUAUGAACAAAUUUUAUCCCAUAUAGUGAUAUUUUAAAUCAUGCUGACGAAGAACUAUAGACUUGAAAAAUAUUGUGUACAUCUUAUUUCGAUAGAGUGAUUGACCCUAAGUGUACAUUCGUAAACAUUGUUAUUUGCUUUGUGCAACAACACAUGAU